AUGGCAAUGGCCGCCCUUCGCGGUCGCUCCUGUGCCGGAGCUCUCGUACUGGGGGUCAACGUGCAAUUCCAGCCGUACUGGACAGAGGCCUUUGCUGAGGCGGGCAUGCUCUCCCCUACGGGGCGAUGCCGUUUUGGUGAUGACAGGGCGGAUGGAUACGUUCGAGGAGAGGGCUGCAGCUGUCUUUUGCUGUACGAUGACGAUGCCUACAGCAGAGGGCUUCAAAAGGCCUCGCCCUACGCCUCGCUGAGAGGUACGUGCUCCAACCAGGAUGGUCGCUCUAAUGGGCUUACUGCGCCGAACCCGGCCGCCCAGACCACCUUGAUAACAUCGGCAUGGCAGGAUGCAGGCCUGAGUGCCUUUGAUGCUGUGUACGCCGAAGCCCAUGGCACGGGCACGGCCCUGGGCGAUCCGAUUGAGAUUGUUGCCAUGGGUCGGGCGAUGCGCGGCCGUGGGGUGCAGGUGGAGCCCUGCCGUGGCGACCUGCCCAGCCUCCGUACCACCAGCUUCAAGUCCAACAUCGGGCACUUGGAGUGCGGGGCUGGAGCUGCUUCGCUGGCCAAGCUGGCCUUGGUCCUGCGGCAGGCAAUCAUUCCGCCCUCCCUCCAUCUGAAAGUGCUCAAUCGGCAUAUUGACUGGGAGGACGUGUCCGUCAAAGUGGUCACAGAGUGUGAGCCUUUGGGAACACGAAGCGCGAAUUCCUACGUGGCGGAGCAGAUGUCUGGCUGCGUAAGCGGCUUCGGUUUCGGAGGCUCGAAUGCAAAUGCCAUCCUGUGCUCAGAUGGACAGGCAUGGCUGGAAACCCAAAUGUCCGAGAGCGAUGGACAUUCAUUGCUGGCGAAAGGUGUGGAAUCUUUGGCGAGAGCUGCUGCUCAAAAGGUUUCAAGACAAGCUUUUGCCUUGAACUCUGGUGACUUCCGGCAGCUCGCAGUUGUGGGAGAGAGCAUGCCGGAGUUGCUGGCAAAAGUUCGCAAGAUUGCUCGCUCGGAUGUCCCUCCUGCAAGUCAAGGGGGGCGAGUUGCUCUCGUUCUAUCGGGUGCUGGUGACGACUCAUCCGGAUUUGCAACGUUGAGGUUGUUGCAGGCAAUGGGCCGCGCAGCAAGAGGAGCAGAUGCGCCAUGGAGCGGCUUUCAGCGAAAGCUUCAAGAGUUGCACGGGGCCUCCCUGAAUAGUUUGGGAGCAACGUUUGGGUGCCUUUAUGCCGCAGCGGCAGCCUUCGCCGAAGAUUUGGCCGUGGCACCCGCCCUCAUCUGUGGCCAUGGCCUGGCUGGCGAGGCUGCGGCAUUGACCGUUACCGGUGUGUUGCUGCCCAAGGAGGGCCUGGCUCUGGCAUCCGAUUCGGCUGCCCAGUUUGGUGGGUACUGGCCACCCUCUGUUCCUGUUGCAUCCUCAUGCACAGGCCUUUUCACAAAGGGGCCGGCUGUGGACCACUUUCGGUCCGUAGCUGGUGGAGUAGGCGAGGGCAUGGGAGGUGUCUGGGAGGCUGUAAAGUCUUGUGGCUGUGAUGUGGUGGUGGAGCUGUCGCUGGGAAACCCAUCGUUGCAGAGACACCAAGACGAUCAGACGCUUACCGUCAUAUCCACAUGCAUAGGGCCCCCUGCAGACGGCCGCAUCGUGUCCGGAGAUGUUGCCGAGCGUGCCAUCCUCGAGGCGGCAGCCUCGAUUUUUGCCGCUGGUGUGUCUGUGAACUUUGCUGGGCCAUUGGGAGGGGGACCUGUAUCGCGCAUGCCGCCUGCGAGCUUUGCCCCGAAAGUGUGUUGGCCUGGUGACCCUUCGAUGUCGCAGUGGCGCCGCCAGGACGUUUGCACACAAGCUUUUGAGGCGCAGUGGCUUCCGACUGCAGCCAUCAAACCAGAGCUGCGCGGGCAGCACUUCUUAGUUUCAGGGGGGGCAUUGGCUUCAAAAGUGGUGGCGGCCCUUCGGGAGCACGGUGCCGUUGCCACUGAGGGAACUCCGUCAAGCCUCACCGACCCCCAUGCUGAGUUGGUUUUCGUGCUGGAGCCUGCAGCUGCAAGCUCUUUGCAAUCUACGUUGCACUCCGCUCGGGCUGCCCCGCAUGAGAUGCUGGAGUGGCUGCGAUCCUUUCCUCGCAGAGACAGCGGCCGCAGGGCUGCGAUCCUCAGCGUGGGUGCGCACGGCAGCUUCCCAGACCUGCGUUCCAUCCCUGCGGCGGCCAUGUGGGGCGCGGCACGCUCGGCAAGGCAAGAGAUGGAUGUCUCGUGGGCGCUGCGGUGCAUCGACUUGGACCCGCAGCUCUUGGAAGAUGUCGGGACCCCCGUCGGGAGCCACUUUGCUUCGGAGCUCAUGCGACAGGAAGCCCGUGAUGUGCUCCUAGGGCGCGAGCGCUUCGUGCGGGUGCUUCAGAGUCUACAUCUGCCAUUGCUUCACUCUCCGGAGACCCCAACCUUCCCCAAAGUCUUCGGCAUCACAGGAGGGACGGGUGCACUUGGCCUCAUCGUGGCAGAAUGGAUUUCCACUGGGAGCAGCCAGCUCAUUCUCGCUUCGAGAAGCGGAAAGGUGCCUGAAGAGAACAAGCAACUUUGGACGAACCUGUGCCGGACAUCUGCGCAAGUUACUCUCUGCAACUGCGACGUGGGUUCUGAUCCUUCUCCAUUGACUGAAAAGUUGGCGGGUGCCGAAGAACCAUUCGGAGUUGCACACUUGGCAGGCAUCCUGCGGGAUGGCCUCUUUCUACGCCAAGACAAGAGCAGCUUAGAUCUAACCAUGAAGCCCAAGGUUGACGGAGCGGCUCUGCUGGUCGAGAGCUUACGUUCACAGUCUGCGGCCGUGCGCAUGCAGCACCUGUGGCUCUUUUCCUCGGUCACCAGCUGCCUGGGGAACCUUGGCCAAACUGCAUACGGUGCCUCGAACUCGGCUCUUGAUGCUAUGGGCAAGAGCUGGUUUCUGGGAAGUGCUGCCGGGCCAGAGGCAGGUGCCUCGCUGGCUGUGCAGUGGGGUCCUUGGGCAGAGUUUGGUAUGGCUGCAGACUUACCCAAAGGAAGCACCUCCAUAUUUAAGCCAUGGCAGCAACACAACGCGCUGCGUGCCCUGGAAGCUGUACUAACUCUCAGUAGCCCCAUUCGGUCACCUGUCGUUUGCCUUACCCAGUUUGACUGGGGGCAGAUGUUUUCAGACCUGGGCCAGAGCAUGUACUACCAAGGGUUCUUGCGCGAGUUUCUCAAACAGCCAAGUGAACCGAAGAGCCAAGCUGCUCCUGCGUCGAGUGUGGAUGUUCAGACUGUUGUUCUAGACACGCUGAGUAGAUUCCUACCAAAUGGCAAAGAUGGGGUGACAGAGGAUGCGGAGUUUGACGAGUUGGGCUUGGAUUCGCUGUCAGGCGUUGAAGCUUCCAGGGCUUUGGCAGCAGCACUAGCGCCAUUGGGCAUUGAAGGCAUCAAGCCCACAUUCCUCUUCGAAGCAAGUUCUUUGCGAGUUGUGAUGAGCAAGCUGCCUGCGCCAAAACCAGCAGCCAGACAAGUUCUGACAUCUAUGCCUUCUCAGCCCAAUGCAGAGGUGGCCCGCGCAUCCGAGAGCGAUGUCAGACAGACGGUAAUUGAUACCUUGAGCAGGUUCCUCCCAAAUGGCAAAGAUGGGGUGACAGAGGAUGUGGAGUUUGAUGAGUUGGGCCUUGAUUCGCUGUCGGGCGUUGAAGCCUCCAGGGCUUUGGCAGCAGCACUAGCUCCACUGGGCAUUGAAGGCAUCAAGCCCACAUUCCUUUUCGAAGCAAGUUCUUUGCGAGUUGUGAUGAGCAAGCUGCCUGCGCCAAAACCAGCAGCUAGACAAGUUCUGACAUCUAUGCCUUCUCAGCCCAAUGCAGAGGUGGCCCGCGCAUCCGAGAGCGAUGUCAGACAGACAGUAAUUGAUACCUUGAGCAGGUUCCUCCCAAAUGGCAAAGAUGGGGUGACAGAGGAUGUGGAGUUUGAUGAGUUGGGCCUUGAUUCGCUGUCGGGCGUUGAAGCUUCCAGGGCUUUGGCAGCAGCACUAGCUCCACUGGGCAUUGAAGGCAUCAAGCCCACAUUCCUCUUCGAAUCGAACUCGUUGCGCGUGGUUUUGGGCAAGAUCCGUGACUUGCCCCAGAUGGAGAAGCAGCAGAUCACCUCGGCUCACACUCCGUUGCACGAGAUGGCGUGCCCUCUGCCAAGCCUUCCGCUCAGCAAGCACACCGUGGACGUUCACUCCAUCGGCGACACGUCACCACUUCAUCGACAGCUUGUUGGCCUGAUGCAGGGAACCGGCCUCGGUAUCAUGCAAAGUGCAAGCCUGGCGGCCUCAAUGCUUUUGCUGGUGUUGGUGUUCCCGCUACGCACUGAACACUUCGUUGUGACAAGCAGUCGAACCGAGCUAAACCUGUUGCUCUUCAUGUCACUGCUGCUGAUGCCUCUUCUGCGCUUCUAUUUUUCACUUUUCAUGAUGUGGCUGGUCAAGACCAUUGUUCUUGGCAAAUUCCGAGAGGGCACAUACCCUGUGUGGGGCUGGAAGAUGGCAUGCUUCCGGGUACUUGCUGAGUACGAGGAUGGGAUGCACGCUGGCUUCUUUCUGAAGGUUUUUCAGAGGACUGAAAUUCCGAAUUUUUGUCGGCGGGUACUUGGGGCAUUCAUUGGACACGGCGCCUAUAUCAUCGAGCCAACAAUGGCAUGCUCGUGGGAUCUGCUCAGCGUCGGCGAGAACGCCAUCCUUGACAGAACCUUCGUCAUGGAAGCUGGACGUGUCUACCACGUGAACCAGCCCAUUUCCAUUGGACGCGGCAGUGCCAUUGGCACCACGGCCAAGCUGCAGGGAGGGGCAACUGUGGAAGAUGGCGGUGUUGUCCUUCCCAACACAGUCCUCGCAGGCACAGUCAAGUGCGAUGAUGUCUAUGAUGGUGGCUUGGGAACUUCGAAGGCGAUGAGAGCCAACGACAUGGAUGUAGAUGGCUUCCUCUCAACUCCUCGAAGAACACCUCUCAGCCUUCUGGCUGCGGCAAUCGUGUUUGCAGUGCGGUGCUGCAUGCUGCUUGUGUGCUUGCAGCCCUUCAUCGUUGACUUAGCCCUUUUGUUUUUUCAAUAUUUGCCACUCUUUCUUGGUGGGCGCCAGCCAGAGCCUUCCAUGGACAUGCCAAUUGGAGUGCUCAUCCUGCCUGCCAUCUUGGUCCUCUUUAUGCUGUACCAUGAUGUUGUGAUCCUUGGAGUUGCAGUCGCGGCCAAGUGGAUCCUCCUGGGUCGUCUGAAGGAAGGGUGCCGAGAAGUCAGCACCUCGUUUCUCCUCCGCUUCGAGAUCUGCUAUCUCUUGACCGACUCGGCCGCAAGCGUUCUGUCGCAAAAUGCCCAGUCGUUCCUGAACAACAUCUUCAUGAAGGCCAUGGGUGGUACGGGUGUUGCUUGGAGCUGGAUGCCAUCCCCUGCGAAUGCUGCAGCGUACCUUUCGGCAGACUUGCUGACGAUUGGUGAGGAUGCUUUCACAGCCAGCAAAACGAAUUUCAAUUGUAUUGCCUUGUCACGCUGUUAUGGUGACAAGACGGAGGAGCUGGAAGGGUCCUUUCAAGGCCCUAGCCGAUGGCAAAUGACAUGCAAGCGACUGAAGAUUGGCGAGCGUUCGUUUGUAGGGCCAGGCACGUGCAUCACUGGUGGCACCACACUCGGGGAAGGAGCCGCAACAAUGGACCAGACCUAUAUUCCAGCAGGAACAAGCGUCCCAGCGUGGAAGACGGUCAUGGGCACUAGUGUCGACUGUCGCUUCAUGGUGAAGCGAAGGCGAGACGUGAAGCAGUCAGCUGGCAUUUUUCCAUACUUCUUCGCAGUCACCUUAAGCAUGAUUGCUGGCCGCGUGUUUCGCAUGUGGAUGAAGGUUGCGCUCGUCAGCUCCCUGACCUUGUACUUGCUGCGGCAGAUGGGACCGGUUGCCCCGGUCUUUGGGGCCCUGCUGACAGGUGAGACGGAGGUCUCGGGAACCUACGGUGGGGAUUUGCGGAAUCUUCUGGCCCUAUCUCUGUUGUGUGGAACGAUGUGCACUGCAGUGCUGGCGAUUUGUUCGGCGUUGGAGAUUAUCGUCGUGAAGAAUGUAGUCCUGGGCAGCGUUUCAGAAGCAAGCGGUGGACCACUUCGUGGCUGGAACUGUCUCCGCUGGGUUUCUACGGUGGUGAACACUUCCAUGUCGGCAGGGGCCCUGAAAAUGCAGUCUCAUACACCACUUCUGAGCUGGAUUGCAAAGGCCAGCGGAGCGCGCGUGGGCAAUGGAAGCCAGCUGAGUUGGAAAAUGUUUCAGAUAGCUCCGGAGAUGGACAUGGUCUCCAUCGGUGACGAUGCGUUCGUAGGAUGGGGGAUGUACGGACACGAAUUUUCAGCAUCCACCUUGGUGUUCAAGCCCGUCAAGGUUGGCAAUGGUGCCACGACUCUUGGAGGGACCAUGUUGACUCCGGGGAGCGAGCUGACGAAGAAUGCUGUGGCAACUUAUGGCGCCCUUGUGAUUCCAGGGAGCUGCGACACAAAGUCACAGGCCAAGCAGUAUUUAACAGGCGUUCCAGCUGUGUCAGAGGCGACAUCGCCUGAGGGGCUCUUCGAAGUCAAUGGCUUGCCCCUGUAG